AAAAGUUGAGCCAAACAUCAGGCAAAUACGGCUUCACCUUCCAAAAGAGAAAAAAUUUGACAAAUCUGACAGGCUAGUGCAAAAGGAGCAUAGAAAUGCCUACCAAAAAACAUGUGGGAGGGAGCAUAUAUUUAAAAUAGGACUGCCUAAUUCAGCUGCUAAAUCACUGUAAGGAGCUCUCUAUGUCUGUGUGUGCGGGAGGGAGAGGGAGAGACAGAGGGAGAGAGUCAGAAAGGGAGAGAGGAGCAGAGGGAGGGAGGGAGGGCAAUGUGCCUUUCACAGAGCUGGGAGCUCGAUGGGAAUGUUUGAUUAGCUCCUCUCUGAAAGAGAAAAGGUGUCCUGGCCUCCCUUCGCCGCCUGCCUCCGAUUCUUUAGAAUAAUGUUGGCUGGAGUUUGUGGUACAGAAAAGCUGGGAAAAAAUAGCACUUUCAUACCGUGUGGAGGAAAGGAAUAAAAAGUUACACACCUCAAGCAAGUGCACCCUACUGACAUAUCCAGGCUUUGCUUUAAUCGCCAUGAAGGCCUCUGUUGUUGCAAUCUUCUUUAGUGUAUUUCUUACAUGUACAUAUGCAGCCAAGGAAGCUACAAAGAAGAUUAAAAAGGCUAAGCUAUAUGUACCCCAGAUCGACUGUGAUGCCAAGGCGGGGAAGAUAAUCAAUCCCGAAUUCAUUGCAAAAUGUCCUCCAGGAUGUCAAGAUGUAAAAUACCGCGUGUACGGCACAGACAUUUAUGCUUCUUUUUCCAGUGUGUGCGGUGCUGCAAUUCACAGUGGUAUCAUUGACAACACAGGCGGGAAGAUCCUGGUUCAGAAAGUGGCCGGCCACGCUGGUUACCGGGGGAGCUUCUCCAAUGGAGUCCGAUCCCUGUCACUGCCGCGCUGGAGGGAGUCCUUCCUUGUCUCAGAGGGCAAGCCAAGAAAAGGUGUGACAUAUCCAUCAACUCUUGAAUAUUCUUCCUCAAAAAGUACAGCUGUUAAACCAGAGCCUAAGAAGCCAGACCAAGACCUAAAAGCUCUGAAGAGUGUAGACACCUCCAACACAUCAGAAAAAGCCCUGGAGCAAGGGGACACGGGCCGCAAGGUGGAACAGACAUCGCUGGUACCAACACCAGCUAUACAACUGGCCACCACAACCCCAACCCCAACCAGCACGACCACGGAUCCUUUCACCACAACACCAAAGCCAGCCACAACACCUGCAACAACCAGAACCACGACUGCGGCAGCUGCAGCCAAGUCUCGACCUGGACUGCAACAUAGGGUCAGAGACCUAGGUUCUAGCAGUGUCCACCCAGCAUACUCAUCUGUGGCAGCCGCAGCAUCAAGACAGGUUCAUGCUGCACAAGGAAGAGGACUGAAGACAGCAUUCAGGGGCACGUCCACAUCUACAAGUAACAGGAAUAUUUUACGACCCAAUACAGGUAUUCAGCGCCAAGAGCCUGUUGCUGCUUUCCGGAGGCUUGCCGGGUCUCCAGCCCACCUAGCAAUGGAAACAGACUUAUGGAAACCUGGACUGAGCCUUUUUGACACAGGCUUCGCUUCAAAGGAGGACCUGAACCCGAAGCCACUGGAGGCGACCUCCCAGGGGAACCCAAGUUGCAAGGUUGACUUGUCCUUCUUAAUGGAUGGGAGCUGGAGUAUCGGUAAACGCCGCUUCCAGCUCCAGAAGCAGUUCCUCAGUAACGUGGCUCAAGCCCUUGGCAUUGGCAUUGCUGGGCCCCUGAUGGGCAUCAUCCAGUAUGGUGAUGACCCUUCCACAGAAUUUAACCUAAAAACUUAUGCCAACCCCAAGGACCUAAGAAACGCCAUUGAGAAAAUCCCACAGAAAGGCGGACUUUCCAACGUUGGAAAGGCACUUUCAUUUGUUAACAAAAACUUCUUUUCGGAUGCUAAUGGAAACAGAGGCGGAGCACCCAAUGUGGUCGUGGUGAUAGUGGAUGGGUGGCCAACCGACAGAGUGGAGGAGGCCUCCAGGCUGGCUAGGGAAUCGGGGAUCAACAUUUUCUUUGUCACUAUUGAAGCAGCUGCUGAAAAUGAGAAGCAGAAUGUUAUCGAGCCAAACUUUGUGGACAAGGCAGUGUGCAGAACAAAUGGUUUCUACUCCAUCAGCGUGCCCAGUUGGUUUGGUCUACACAAGAUAGUGCAGCCCCUGGUGAAGCGGGUCUGUGACACCGACCGGCUGGUGUGCAGCAAGACGUGUCUCAAUUCAGCUGACAUCGGCUUCGUGAUCGACGGCUCCAGCAGUGUCGGCACCAGCAAUUUCCGCACUGUCCUCCAGUUUGUAGCCAACAUCAGCAAGGAAUUUGAGAUUUCGGACACCGACACCCGCAUCGGAGCUGUCCAGUACACGUAUGAGCAACGACUUGAGUUCAGCUUUGACAAGUACAGCACUAAGCAGGAUGUGCUGAGUGCUAUCAAAAGGAUCAGUUACUGGAGUGGAGGGACCAGCACGGGGGCAGCCAUCAGCUACACCUCCGAGCAACUGUUCACCAAAUCCAAACCCAACAAAAGGAAGAUCAUGAUUCUCAUUACAGAUGGCAGGUCUUAUGAUGAUGUCCGAGUGCCAGCCAUGGCAGCUCACCAAAAUGGAGUUAUAGCUUACUCCAUUGGAGUUGCUUGGGCUGCUCAAGAUGAACUGGAAGCCAUUGCAACAGAUCCAGAUAAGGAGCAUUCCUUCUUUGUGGAUGAAUUUGACAACCUCUACCAAUUUGUUAAUCCACUCAUCCAAAACAUUUGCACAGAAUUUAAUUCACAGCCACGGAACUGAUGGAGUGGAACAAGGCAGGAUCCUUGGGCAUCAUGAUGAAGGCACACAAAAUGCUACUGGAGUAAUGUCAGCCCUGAGCUCAAGAAACACCAGAAUUGGCUUUCUCUGGCACUUUCCUGUUAACAAGGUUGAUUGCAUCCCUAUGUAUGAUAAUGCUCUGUGUAGGCAGUUGAUUUUUAUUUUUUUUUCCUGCAGGCUUCAGAACCUCCGGUUUGGAUGGAUAGUGAAAGAGGAGGAAUUAAAUGGAGGUGUUGGAAAAGCUACUUCUGGUAUAGAUCCCCAGAUUAUCUGAUUCCCAUCUCUGGGCACACACAGGCUUUUGUUCCAGGGUUUCACAGCACAUCACUGAUACCACAGUAUUGUUGGACAACCCAUAAACCCUGAGGACCUGGUCUUAGCACCCUCACCCUUUAAGAUGUGCCACCUGCUUCCUGGGGGGCCAGGUCCUUUCAGGGAGCAGCAACGCUGCUCAGCUACUGUGGCAGAAGCACCUCCACAUGACACCGCCUGUCACCCACCAUACAGGUCAGGACUGAAAUCCCAGACACAAACUGGGAAGUUAAACUUCAGCUAGUGUAAAUUCAAGUAUUGAGAUUUAUCCAAACCCAGAGACUGGAAAACCAGCAAGAGGCCAGAGUCAAGCUGUGGGAUCUGCAACCAUUUAGCAGUCCAGUAAAGCUCCAGAUCCACACAGCAGCCAACACACAGGAGCUGGAAUCUAAUCUCCCACAGCACUGCAUUACAAUGUGGUUAAAUAAAAGAAAUAACCUUAUCCCCUUAGCUCACUGGCUCCACUUCGCCAUGUAGCUCACGGCCUUCUGUAUAGCAGGAGAGCUGCAGAGGCAGAAGAGGCUCCUUUGACAAAAUUGUGGGUUUAGGCUUCACACUGUCUGAAAGGUGUUUGAGACCCCUACUGCUCUAUCAUUAAACUAUGGCACAGUUAGAACAUCUUACAGCAGUCUUUAGUGUGGGAAAUUAUUUGAGAGCCAUUAAAAAGAAUUAAAAGGAAAGUAUCUUAAAGUUCUGUAUUAUACAGUAGGAAAAGCAGUAUUUCUAAAAUUUAAAGGCAUCCUUUUCUGAAGUUGGGGUGGACUUCUGUUUUAUGGAUUGCUUUCAAAAUAUACUUUCUACAGCCCUGAGUUAUUCAGAAUUCACGAUUGUUUCUUAUGUGAAGAGGUAGCCACACCACUGAUCAGCAACAGGAGGAAUGACACAUUAAGAGGGUCUAAAGACUUGCACUGCAGUUAGAAGGCAGCAGUUACUGGUUAUGUUUCCAUCCACUGUCAUUUAAGAAAAUACAUUCCUUAAGUAAAAGUUACAGAAGGAAAGGGAUGAUGUUUCACUGCCAGUAAAAAUGUGCAUGUUCGUGCACCUUAUGGCAGUAAGAGCAACACAACACAUCAGGCUGGUAGAAAUAACAGGAAAUUGGAAGAAAUUAAAGCUCAAAUUUCAUAUCUUACUCACAAACCAGAUUUUUCAUAGCCUUAACAGUUUUAAUAAAUAACCGUGACCCGGGAUGUUAUUAUUCACAUAAAAAACUAAUUGAAGUAAGUUGCCAAAGGAGUCUGCUUUCUGUCAACAAAAUGUACACUAUCUUUCAAAUCUUUGUUUGGAAAUAUAACUGAAGUAGCUUAAAAAUUACCAGUGAAGUAACCAUAAUUCAUAUUAACAGACAGCCACUUCUACAUGAUCUCCCUAGCAUAACAACAUAAGCCAGGCUAGGGUCCUUUCACGAGGAGCUCCAACCAUUACUACCAAAAGCAAUACUGGAUGAAGCAGUGGUUUUACACAGGGAUGGUUCAUACCUGCCUCUUUGAGAAGAAACAUUCAGUUCUAGCUUUAAAUGAACUUUAUCAAUAUGAUAAUGCUACCAUGCUACCUUCACUGCCAGCGUCCAAAAAAAAAAAAAAAGCAAAGCAAAGGCAUAAAAGAUAUUUGCGCACACAGUUUUUAACACUAACCUGUGCUGCAGCACUUCCCCAGCAAUAGCCUCUUGGCUUGACAAAACUAAUGAUUAAGGAUAGACAGUUAUAGAGGAGCAGCCCUGAUAGCCCCAUCUUCAGACCCACUUCCCUCACCACUGUUCUGCUGUUCAUCCUCUGUCAACAAGGAAUAUUACAUGGGCUGGACAAACCCAACAAGUACAUCAGAUUUACUGGGGACUUUAAUUCAGAUGCUAGAUUUAUCAUCUGAUAAAUCUAUCAUCUCACCCCAUUUGCUUGGGGUUUAAUUUGCAGCUAGCUGAGAAGGCGGCCUAGGCCUUAACUUCUAACUACUCUUAAGAUUGUAGCUUAUUUUUUAAUGCAACAGCUUAUCACUGCAUAUUGAUUUCCAUACUGGCCCUACCCUUGCAGCACAGGAGACUGGCAGUCCUCCACGGGUGCUCCCAGAGGCUGUGCCUGUGCUCCCCCGAAAGCACAGCACAGAUGGCCAAGGCAUUAGAACAGCUGGAGCCACAGGUGUUCUUUAGGACAGACAUUUCAACUUUUACUGAAAGCUUAAAGCAACAACAGAAAAGUUGGGGAGCUAUCUUCCACAACAAGCAUUUAUUAAGGGCACAGCAGGGUUUGUUGUUUAAAUGGUUUGCCUUAACCUUAGAGAACACCCAUGGUGCUCAGUUGCCAACCAGCAGUUUUAUUAAGUUCUUGAGAUGACCUUGAAAUUAAUUUUUCAUCUCCCAUCUAACCCAAGAUGCUCUACCCAUAAACACUGUAACCUCAAGUGUAAUCCUCAGAAGCUGCCAGAAUGACCUUCCUUCGACACAAGUGUGGAUCAGCACAAAUGCACUCCUCUAACCCUUUGCCUUUCAUAGCAAUGAAAAUACUCAUCACUCAUCUACUCAAGUCUCUAAAUAAUAUUAAAAAACAGCUUCAUAGAUGUUUGAAUGGGGUAUAUUUGUUUGGAGAAAGCAGCAGAACUCUUUUUGUAAUGUAUACAAGCUGUUUUGAGCUUCUCAAUACAAGUUGCUAUAUCUUUUGCAAUAAAAAUGUCCCAAAGGCAUACAAAGUACGUCACCUCAUGUAAUUA